CCCCGACUCAGACUAUCCGUCUCCCUUCCCUUACUCUCUAUCCUUCCCGGGCAGCUUCACCUCCCCUGCUCUCAACUCCCAAACUCCCACUCCCACUCCCACUCUUGGCACCCACAGCGAGCGGGCCAGCUCCCUGCACCUGAUUGGCUGUAUAGAGUCACAUGUGAGCGCCCCAGCUUUGCAGCAGUCAGAUCCCGGACUGAGCUCCGCAGAAGUGUGUGCAGCCGGGGAGCGGGAGAGGCACAGAGAGAGAGACGCGGGGAGUAGCAGCCACCGAGGGGCUGAAGUGGGCAGUAAACCAAAGCGGCCCGUACCUCGCCAGAGAGCCAGCGGAGCGCCCUGCCCAGCCCGCCACUUCUCCGGGUGGUCAGUGCGGCCUUCUAGUUGCCUAACCUCAUGGUUGAGUUCCGCCAUUGCGUUUUUAAAAUCGGCCUGGAUAUCCGAUCUGAGUGAGGCUGUACUUCUCCCAGCAAGAUGUCUGCUAAAGCCACUAUCAAUAAAGAAGUCUUCACUCCACAAGAUGAAAGAAUGCUUGGCGCUGUGCUAGUAAAGCGGAGGACAAAGAAAAAGAUCCCCUUCUUAGCAACUGGUGGGCAGGGAGAAUACCGCACAUAUAUUUGCAUCUCAGUUACAAACAAACGCCCGGCCCAGGUUUACAUCACAAAGGUGAAGCAGUUUGAGGGAGCCACAAGUUUUGUGAGGAGAUCUCAGUGGAUGCUCGAGCAGCUGAGGCAAGUUAAUGGCACUGACGCCAACAGGGAGUCCCCAGAGUUUGACCUGCAGUUUGACAAUGCUUCUGAUCAGUGGGUUGCAAGUUCUGGCUCGGAGAAAUUUACCUUCUUUCAGAUCCUUUACCACACGUGUCAGAGGCACCUGUCUGACCGAAAGCCUGAAUUCAUCAACUGUCCGUCCAAAUUGUUCUCAGGCAACAGUAUUCUUCACUCUGCAGCCGACAGCGUAACUAGUGCUGUACAGAAAGCUAGCCAAGCCCUGAAUGAACGCGGGGAGCGACUGGGCCGCGCAGAAGAGUCAACGGCGGAAAUGAUGAAUAGCGCCCAACAAUUUGCAGAUACUGCGCACAAGCUUGCUAUGAAACACAAAUGCUGACACUUGCACGGGUCAGAGGGGGGACCUCCUGCCAGAAUAUGCCAAAACCUCAGCACAAGAUUAUUACAUCUUUUAUUUUAAACGGGACACCUGCCACUUUGGCCAGCGUUUGCUGCUGCACAUCCCUAAGUCCUCUGGAGAAGGGCUAAACUGCCGACAGUGUAAUCUUUCCAUCGGAUAAACCGGACUCUGGGGGGAGAAUCAGCUCUGGAUAUGACCCUCAGCCCUCGGAUCUCUGCAGGAAAUCUCGUUGCUGUUUGACAGAUCAGUUUUGGCACAUCUGGCCCUGUAGCCUCUGAGAUGAGUAUACUGUCAGUCACAAAUGCAGGGUAUGUGAAGGUCUGAAGCAGCACGAAGGAUUUGUAAGCAGUGGAACUGUUUUUUUAAUGAAUCCUCAUAGUCAAUACAUUGAAUGCAGCCAGUUAGCAAAUUACAAUGAGGGUGAGACUGCAGAGUACAUCACAUGACAUGAGACUGCACACUUUAAGUGAAGGGAUGAGCAUUGCAUGAUUGGGGAUAUUGCACCGUAGGAGAGCACUGGCUGAUUCAAGGUGCACAAUAUUGGGGUAUCUGUACCUGAUGCUGUUCCUUGUGCAGUGUUGGAACAUUGGACUGACUAUUGGGAUUGUUCAAGCAUCCAAAUGCAGGGAACGCCCCGCUGCUUCCAUAAAUAGGAGGUGCGCCAGCACCUAGCACUUAGUAAAAUUAUGCAUUCCCUUUCUGUGUGCAAGAGAGAGACCAAGGCGCUUUUUGGACUUUUGUGACCCAUUUUAUCAUGUUUUAGGUUGAGCAACGCCAGCGGUUGAGCAACGCACAUUUUAAUUUGAUCCAUGUUAAUAUCUAAAGCAAUAAAGGGGUUCAUAUCUGGUAAAGAUACAUAAGGGAUGGUAUUUUUAUUUCUUAAGAAGUCAAUGACAAUAAAACGAAAUGAAGGAAAAAGAA